CUCAGACUGGGCGUACUAAGUCUCACAUCAUGCUCUAUCAUACAACAUGACUGGUCAAUCUGAGAUUACUUUGUACACUGCCCAGACGCCUAAUGGCAUAAAAAUCUCCAUACUGCUGGAAGAACUUGGGAUUCCAUAUAAGGUUCAUCAAAUCUCGCUUCAAAAAAAUGAGCAGAAAGAGCCCUGGUUCUUGGAAAUCAACCCCAACGGACGGAUUCCCGCAUUGACCGACAAAUGGUCAGAUGGCAAGAUCAUUCGCCUUUUCGAGUCGGGUUCCAUCAUGCAGUAUCUUGUUUCUCAGUACGACAAAGACCACAAAGUCUCAUUCCCCGAAGGUACCCGUGAGUACUAUGAAGUCAACAACUGGCUUUUUUUCCAGAACGCUGGCGUGGGCCCUAUGCAGGGACAGGCAAAUCACUUUGCCCGCUAUGCUCCGGAGCACAUCGAGUACGGGAUUAACCGCUACAAGAACGAAACUAGGCGGCUAUAUGGCGUUCUCAAUACACACCUUAAGAAUGGCAACCGGGAGUAUCUGGUCGGCAACAAAUGUACUAUUGCUGACAUAGCACAUUACGGCUGGGUGGAGGCCGCGUCCUGGCCUGGUAUCGAUAUCGAUGAAUUUCCCGAGCUUAAGGCGUGGGAGGAGAGGAUGUCGAAAAGACCAGCUGUUCUGAAGGGAAGAGAUGUGCCGGAGCCAAGUAAAAUUAGGGAAUUGGCGAAGGACAAGGAGGCCGCGGAGAAAUACGCGGCCCAAAGUCGGGCCUGGAUUCAAGCUGGUAUGAAGAGCGAUGCAAAAUGACUUCAGAUAGGCAUUAUUUGAUUAUCUUGUGCAUGUUUAUCUUAAAGAAUCCCCAAACAUCACUUGCUCUUGCAAAGUGCUAUAGGUAGCCGUCAUGAUAUAUAUACAUCAUUUAUCUAGACUUUCAACCGAAGCAACCGCAGCAUCUAAAGCUUCAAAGAGCUCCGUAAACCGCUUCUCAAUCUUGUCUUCACUACAACAAGAUCCAAGCACCUAG